AAUAUUUCCUUACUUUUCCCAAUAAAACCGUCCCGAAAUAUUAAGCUCAAAAAGAGAGAACAUUUUCCAAUUUUAUUUUUGGUGUUUUUCGAUUUCUGAUUUUGAAUUUGGAUUUGGAUUUGUGAAGUAAUGGAGACUAAAACGACGGCGUUGAGGUUCACACUGGGGAAGCAGUCUUCGAUGGCGCCGGAGCGAGCUGGUACGGAUGCGAAGCUCGACCAAGACGACGACGAAGACUCGGUGCGGAUCGAUCCCAGAGUGAAGCUCAUGUACUUGGCUAACGAAGGUGACCUCGAUGGGAUUCAGGAGCUUUUGGACUCCGGGAUCGACGUUAAUUUCCGUGAUGCUGAUGGUCGGACGGCUCUGCAUGUCGCCGCUUGUCAGGGCUUGAGCGACGUUGUUCAGUUGCUGCUUGAUCGUGGUGCUCAGCUCGAUACCAAAGACCGAUGGGGUAGCACUCCUUUUGCAGAUGCAAUUCAUUACGAACACGAUAAAGUAAUCAAGCUUUUGGAGAAGAGUGGCGCAAAGCGUGUGAUGUCUUCUAUGCAUGUUGAACAUGCCCGUGAGGUUCCUGAAUAUGAAAUUGAUCCAAAGGAACUUGAUUUCACCAACAGUGUUGAAAUUGAUAAGGGAACUUUCCGAAUGGCAUCGUGGCGUGGAAUUGAGGUUGCUGUGAAAAAGCUUGAGGAGGGAGUCAUUACAGACGAUGAUAAAGUACGGGCAUUUAGAGACGAACUCGCGUUGUAUCAGAAGAUAAGGCAUCCGAAUGUAGUUCAAUUUCUAGGCGCUGUGACUCAAAGUAGCCCAAUGAUGAUUGUGACGGAGUAUUUACCCAAGGGAGACCUUAGAGCAUUUUUAAACAGAAGAGGAGCAUUAAAACCAGCAUUAGCUGUGAGAUUUGCACUGGAUAUUGCAAGGGGAAUGAAUUAUUUGCACGAGAAUAAGCCAGAACCAAUUAUUCACCGUGAUCUUGAGCCUUCAAACAUAUUACGCGAUGAUUCUGGGCACCUGAAAGUAGCGGACUUUGGAGUUAGCAAAUUGCUGACAGUUAAGGAGGAUAAGCCUCUGACAUGUCAAGAAACUUCCUGCCGAUAUGUGGCUCCAGAGGUUUUUCAAAGUGGAGAAUAUGAUACAAAAGUUGACGUCUUCUCAUUUGCUUUAAUUCUACAAGAGAUGAUUGAAGGCUGUGUACCAUUUUCAGCAAAGCAAGAUACCGAUGUUCCUAAACUAUUUUCUUCAAGCAAACGCCCACCUUUUAAGGCUCCGGCUAAGCAUUAUGCACAUGGGCUUAAAGAGUUAAUCGAGGCCUGUUGGGAUGAGAAGCCAGCUAAGAGACCAACAUUUAGAGAAAUAAUAACAAGGCUCGAAGCCAUACACAACACUGUCGUUCACAAGAGACGUUGGAAGGUUAGGCCACUGAAAUGCUUUCAAAAUCUAGAAGCCCUAUUAAGGAAAGAUCAUUCCAGUUCAAGCACCCGAUCAUCGCGAUCUUCCACCAGCAGCUUAUAAAAAUACCAGCAGUGGUGAAUUUUCUUUUCCAGCUCAAUUACGAUUCGAUUGUUUCAUAAAAAAUUAGCCAAGAUUUUCUUUUCUGUGUAAUCCAUCUGAAAUGUCUCUUGAAAAAAGAGUGAUCUGUUUUGAUAAAUUUCAUUUACUCACUUCCUCUGAUUUUCUGAUUUGAUAAUCACUUGUAGCAUAUUAGCUUGUUUAUGUAAAUUAUCAGCUGUUUAAUAAUACAUAUAUUUUUUCUCCCAUUAA